GACCGUCCAAUCAGAAUCUAGGCCAGCCUUCGUCAUGGCCAAUGAGGCGACUCUGCUCUUUCUGUAAACAUGUCGCCUAUGAGGGUGUGUGUGCCAGGUGAGAAACUGUGCAGUGUAGAAGACUGUAAUGCCGGCACAGGAGUGUAUGAGCGACAUGGCUACAUAUACUCCUCCCUCGUUGGCUACGUGCUGAGGAAGAACGAGGGCGAGAAGCUACCGGUGAUCUCAGUGGUGAGAGAGACAGAAGCACAGCUGUUGCCGGACGUUGGAGCCAUAGUCACCUGCAAGGUGACUGGGAUCAACUCUAGGUUUGCAAAGGUCCAUAUUCUUUACGUCGGAUCCACUCCGCUGAAAGAUCGCUUCAGAGGGACCAUCAGAAAAGAAGACGUGCGAGAAUCAGAGAAAGACAAGGUGGACAUCUACAAAAGCUUCAGACCUGGAGACAUUGUCCUGGCAAAAGUUAUUUCCCUCGGGGAUGUUCAGUCUACAUACUUGUUGACAACGGCAGAGAAUGAGCUGGGUGUGGUGGUGGCGCACAGUGAAGCAGGUGCCCAGAUGAUUCCCAUCAGCUGGCGUGAGAUGCAGUGCCCGCAGACCAACGCCAAAGAGUUUCGUAAAGUGGCCCGAGUGCAGCCCGAGUACCUGGAAGCAUGAGAGCCUCUCCCCUCUGAAACAAACACCUUCCAUUAAGUGGCCUCUUCAGCUCUUUAUCUCUGGGUGACAUGAGAUUAUUGGGCUACCUCUGAUAUGGUCUUUUUUUUUUCUUUUUUCUUUUUGCUAAUUGCUUUACUUCUGCACGUGUUCAUUGUAAUGGAUUGCACCCAGUGAGACAAAACAGACAAGAUAUGUCUUUAUUCUUGAUGAAUGGAGUUUAUUUUUAUAAAAGGUCCCCAGGCCAGCAACAGACAUAUUCUAAGGUUGAAUGCUGUUAUGGAAACUGGACUAGAAUUGCCUCCAGUCAGGAUUUUACAGCUGAGGUUGCCAAGAUUUCACAGAAUUAGAAGUGUAGUUUUGCACCGAGAGAGAAGGUUCUGUUUCAAAUGUGUUUUUUUUUAUUAAUAAAAGUAUUAUGGAAGAGAUGUCAGCCAGAACUAUCUUUGCUGCUCUUCUGCUGAAAGAUGAAAUUGUCUUUGAUAACAUCCAAAUUUUACUGCCACUCCUUUAGAAGCCAGGCCUAAACUGUGCCCGGUCUCUUUAACUGAGAGCGUCUGAUUUAUAUUUUGAUCUUCAGGCUUUUGUCAUCUUGGGAUGUUUUUUUUAAUUCUCAUGAAAAAAAAAAAAAAUGUAAGAAUCUAAGGCUUGUUACGCAUACUACACCAGUACAACAACUGUAGGAGCUAGAUUUAAAUCAGAUUCAUAUGGGUUUUACCCGCAGCCUAAUAAGUUUAUAUUUUGUAGAGAAGCUUUAUUAAAAAAGCUCCAGGCAUACAGGGACUUGCAGUAGUAUUCAUACCACUUGUCACUUAACAAUCACAAUAUAUAAUGCAUUUAAUUAGAAUUUUAUGUGAUACAACACCAAAGUAUUCCAUAAAUUUGAAAUAGACCAAAAAUUAUACAAGGUUUUCAAAAAUAAAUAAACCUGAACUGUGUGGUGUACACUUGGAUUCAGCACCUAUUUUUUUUGCAACCAAGUUUCUUCAAAAGAAACCAAAAUUGUAAACAGAGUCCAUGUAUCAAUCUAAAUCCAGGAGUUGUAAGGUUCCUUAUUAGAGAACAAAUGGCAUCAUGACGAAGGAUGCAACAGAAAGUUGGGGAGUAGUUUAAAGCAGUUAGGUCAUAAAACAAUAACCCAAGUUCUGGACAGACCACUCUUCAAUCCAUCAUCUGAAAAUGGAAAGAGCAUGGCACUGCAGCAAACCUACCAAGACAUGGCCGUCUACCUAAACUCAGCAAAGAACUGCAAUAAGAGAAACAGACAUGCGCCCUGAAUGUGCCAAACCCAUGUUAAAACAUGGUGGUGGUGGCGGCAUCAUGCUGUGGGGAUGCUUCGUUCAGCAGAGAUAGGAAAGCUAGUCAAAAUAGAGGACAAUACAGGUAGAAAAUCAGUUGGAAACGGUGAAAUGGUUUAAAGCCUAUUCAUGUGGUAGAAUGGCCUAGUCAAAGUCAAGACCUGCAUGCAUUUAAAAAACCCAGGCAGUCUUGAAAAUUGACAUUCACAGGUGCUUUCCACCCUGAGAUUUAGCCAUUUUUCAAAGAAGGUUGGCGAAAAUAUAUUAAAAAUAAAACAUUUCCUGGAUAUGCAGAGCUGAUAGAUGCACCUUAAAAGACUUUUAUCAACAAUUCCAGCAAAAUGUUUUAUUACAAAGCAUUACCAUGAAGGAAGGUAAAUACAAAUGCACACCACACUUUUCAGAUCUUUAUUUGAAAACAUUUUGAAACCGGUGCAUAAUUCUUAUUUUGCUUCAGGAUUAAGCGUUACUUUGUGUGGGUCUAUCACGUUAGAUCCCAAUGAAAUGCGCUUAAGUUUGUGGUUGUAAGGUGACUAGAUGGGGAAAGUCCACUCUAGCUUUAUUGGCUAAGGUAUCAUCUGUGCGGUUUUAAAGGGACAGCUCAGACUGUAGUUAAGUGGGGUCAAAUGGAGUAACUCCAGGCUAAUCUCAGCGUAGACGUAACCCACAGGUCCAUUUAGAGAUUAAAUCCAGCAAUCUAAAAUAAGUUAAGCUUCCAGUGUGAGGGCUAUGUUCUGUAUUUCAACGCUGCAUCAUUCGACUAGUAGAAACCUAUACCCGGGUACCGAUAACCUUGUUCAUAACACGGAAUGUGUUGGAAUAAACCAUACUCUGUGUACCAACCAUACACUUUAAUGGUGUCAACAUGGACGGUACUAAACAGAGAAGAAAAAUGGUCCGCUUUUGUGCGGUACGUCUUUUUAACCUGCAUGAGGUUCUGUGGAGCGCUUUGUGUUUCUCAUUUACACACGCUCUCAUUUAAUAGUGCCUUUUUAUGCAUGUAUGUUUUUAUGUAAGUAUUUGAAACAGGGCAUCAGGUGAAUAGUCCUGCUCAAGGACACUUUGGCUCAUCUGUACCCCAACCGUCCAACUGGAAGAUGACCACUCUACUGUGAAAUUGAUGCAACAUGUCCAUUUACAGUAAUGCUCUCAUUAGAAGCUAAUUGAAAGCUUUCUGCUUGAGUAGACUUAGAAUUGAAGUUUCCCCUAAAUGGGCCCUUUUCUGCGUAUGUUGGCUUUUUGAUGGAGAUGCAGUGAUUUUCCAGAGACUGCCGUUUUUUGCUAAGAUACUUUGAUACUCCAUUUAAUCCCACUGAAAAUGACACUUUAGUAUUUAGUGCAUCUUCAGUUAUCUUCUAUUGAUACAUUCACAAAAUUAAAUAUAAACAAAUGAGUCUCAAAAACCUUGAUGUGGACGGUGGAAUUGCCACUAACUAAAUGUUGUGGAUAUUUAUCAUGAUGCUCUUAUAUAAAUAAAUAAAAAAUCAGUAUGCAUCUUUCAUGUAGAGAUUACAAAGGUAUUCUGACUGAUCUGUCUAUAAAAAUCAGCAACAAAGGAAUAUCCACUGUUUGAAUUGCCUUGUAUGGGCUGUUUUUUUUUUUUUUUUUUUACGUGCAACAACUUUUGUACUUAAGGUACAAUAAGAAAGCCCAAAGCAAAGACAGAGUUUAGCAGAAAACCCACUAUCCUUGGAUUCAUGAAGCUGCAAGUUUCCAGCUGAAUGGCUGAGCCAUCGGUACUGUGCUGUUAUUCUUGAUUUUCUUUCCCAGAAUGUAAACGUGCAGGAAUUAAAUUAAAGGACCAUCAGAGCAGUU